AUGAAUACAUGGGGUGUCUUUGUAUCCUUCGGCAUCUUCCAGACUCAUUACGUCACAGCCCUUGCACGUUCUUCUUCUAAUAUAUCGUGGAUUGGCUCCUUCCAAGUCUUCCUUCUUUUUUUCAUGGGCAGCGUAGGCGGUAUCUUGACCGACGCGGGCUACUUUCGGACCACAGUGGUUACAGGCGUUGCCCUGAUUAUCCUCGGAGCAUUCGCAACAUCAGUUUCUACUGCAUACUGGCAGGUGUUCUUGGCUCAGGGCGUAUGCACUGGCCUGGGCAGCGGUCUCAUCUUCACACCGGUCAUGGCGGUAAUAUCGACCUACUUCUCGACGAAGCGAGCGGUUGCGUUGGCUGUUGCAACGUGCGGCAGCACUGUCGGUGGGCUGAUCUUCCCAAUCACUAUCAAGCCCCGGGCUACGCCUCACGCCAAAGGCCCUUUGAUAGACUGGAGUGCCUUCAAGAUUCCCGAGUAUACUUUGUAUGCCGGUGGAUCUUUCUUGGCGUUCGUCGGCAUCUUCUUCCCCAUCUUCUACCUGGCGACAUAUGCUCGGAGCACCCUAGGGUUGACGUACACCGAGUCUCUGAAUCUCUUGCUCGUCCUCAACGGCAUCGGGAUUAUCGGCCGUCUGGCCCCUAGCUUAUCACUUGGCCCUUCCGCUCUGGGUGCCGUCAAGUUUGAUGUCCAGAAGCAAGGAACCUUGCUUGAAACCGGGUUCGACUAUGUGCUCGAUGUAUCUCCUCCAGCCGACAUUGGCAUCCUGUUCUGGCCCUCAAAAGGGCCCUAA